AGGAAUCUUUGUACAGCAAAGUACAAGUUAAUUUCCUUUGCCAUGAUCAAAGAUUCACUUAAUAAUGAUUUAGUUCUACAGCAAUUUGAGGAACUUCCUGUCCUUACCAUGGGAGCAAUCAGUAUUUUCCAUUGCUCUGUCUCUAAACCAAGGAUCUGGGGGGCUGAGAGGAAGAAUCUUCUACAUAAAAUGUCUUGGUAGAUGUGUAAAGUCUGACAUAUGAUUGUUUCGUGCUAACACCUCUGAACCAGCAUCCGGACUUUUCUAAGCCCAUUGGGACUAAAGUGGAACAUCAACACUUUGCGGCAAUAAACACGAACAUAAAUUCAGGCUUCUUGGAACUGUCUCAACACAUUGUAACCCAUGGAAGCUAGUCUUGAACUCAAUUGUUGUUUCAACUCACACCUACACUUGGUAUAAAUACAGAGGUUCGUCUCUUCCUCUCGCAACAGGGCUCUGAACCCAAGAUUGCAGUUGGUUGAGGUCUUCUCCCAGGCUACUCGGGUGCUCCUGCGCUUUGAAACCAGAACUAUCCAUAAAGAAUAGAGAGAUGCACUAACUUCCCUGGGAAAAAUGGAGCUGCAAAUUGAACUUAUUCCUACAGGAGAAAUCAUCCGUGUGGUUAGUCGCAAUGGAGGAUGCAAGACUGGAGCGGGGGCCAACGGCAUUCGGCUGACCAUGGAGAGUGCUCUGACUGCCCGUGACCGGGUGGGCGUCCAGGACUUUGUCCUGCUUGAGAACUUCACCAGUGAAGCAGCAUUCAUUGAGAACCUGCGGAAGCGCUUCAAGGAGAACUUGAUCUAUACGUACAUUGGCUCAGUUCUGGUGUCUGUUAAUCCAUACAAGGAACUGGAAAUCUACAGCAAGCAGAACAUGGAGCGAUACCGUGGCGUCAGCUUCUAUGAAGUUUCUCCUCACCUCUACGCUAUUGCAGACAAUUCCUAUCGCUCCCUGCGCACGGAGAGGAAGGAUCAGUGCAUCCUCAUCUCGGGGGAGAGCGGGGCUGGCAAGACAGAGGCCACCAAGAAGAUCCUGCAGUACUAUGCUGUGACCUGCCCAGCCAGUCAGCAGGUGGAAACCGUGAAGGACCGACUGUUACAAUCCAACCCUGUCCUGGAGGCCUUUGGAAAUGCAAAAACCCUUCGGAAUGACAACUCCAGCCGAUUUGGGAAAUACAUGGAUGUGCAGUUUGAUUACAGGGGGGCUCCUGUCGGGGGCCACAUCUUGAACUACCUCCUGGAGAAAUCCCGAGUUGUGCACCAGAAUCAUGGAGAGAGGAACUUCCACAUUUUCUACCAGCUGCUAGAAGGAGGGGAAGAGGACUUGCUGCGAAGGCUGGGCCUCGAGAAGAACCCACAACAGUAUCACUACUUAGUGAAGGGUCACUGUGCAAGGGUCAGUUCCAUAAAUGAUAAAAACGAUUGGAAGAUCGUGCGAAGAGCUCUAUCCAUUAUAAGCUUCAAGGACAAUGAGGUGGAGGAUCUGCUGAGCGUUGUGGCCAGUGUCCUGCAUCUGGGGAACGUGCAGUUUGCUGCUGAUGAGCAAGGAAAUGCUCAGGUCACCACAGAGAAUCAGAUCAAAUACCUGGCUAGGCUUCUAGCAGUUGAAGGCUCCGUUCUUCGAGAUGCAUUGAUCCACAAGAAGAUCAUAGCCAAAGGGGAAGAGCUCAUCAGCCCCCUAAACCUGGAGCAGGCAGCCUAUGCAAGGGAUGCUCUUGCCAAGGCAAUAUAUGGACGCACUUUCUCCUGGCUGGUGAACAAGGUUAACAAGUCUCUGGCUUAUGAGGAAGGAAAGUUUCCAGGCUGGAGAAGCACAACAGUUCUAGGGUUGCUCGAUAUCUAUGGAUUUGAGGUUUUCCAGCACAACAGCUUUGAGCAGUUUUGUAUUAAUUAUUGUAAUGAAAAAUUGCAGCAGCUCUUCAUAGAGCUCACAUUAAAGUCAGAACAAGAGGAGUACGAGUCAGAAGGCAUAGCGUGGGAACCGGUUCACUAUUUCAAUAACAAAAUAAUCUGUGAUUUGGUGGAGGAGAAGUUCAAAGGCAUCAUUUCUAUUCUGGAUGAAGAGUGCCUGAGACCUGGGGAUGCCACAGAUACAACCUUCUUGGAGAAACUGGAGGAAACUGUGAAGAACCAUCCUCAUUUUCUCACGCACAAACUUGCUGACCAGAAGACCCGCAAGUCCCUGGGGCGGGAAGAGUUCCGACUCUUGCACUAUGCUGGAGAGGUCACCUACAGCGUUGCAGGUUUUCUGGAUAAAAACAAUGACCUUCUGUUUCGGAACCUGAAGGAGACCAUGUGCAACUCUGAGAAUCCAAUCAUAAACCAGUGUUUUGACAGGACAGAGCUGACGGACAAGAAGAGACCUGAAACGGCAGCAACUCAGUUUAAAAACAGCCUCUCCAAGCUCAUGGAAAUUCUGAUGUCCAAAGAACCCUCCUACAUUCGCUGCAUGAAACCCAACGAUGCCAAACAGGCUGACCGAUUCGAUGAAGUUCUCAUCCGACACCAAGUGAAGUACCUGGGCCUGAUGGAGAACCUCCGCGUGCGCAGAGCCGGGUUCGCCUAUCGCAGAAAAUACGAAGUCUUCCUGCAGAGGUACAAAUCCCUUUGUCCGGAAACGUGGCCCACGUGGGACGGGCGGCCCCACGACGGGGUGGCUGUGCUGGUGAAGCAUCUGGGCUACAAACAGGAAGAGUACAAAAUGGGACGAACAAAGAUUUUUAUCCGCUUUCCCAAGACUUUGUUUGCAACGGAAGAUGCUCUGGAAGUGAGGAAGCAGAGCCUGGCCACAAAGAUGCAGGCCACGUGGAGGGGUUUCUACCGUCGAAAGAAAUUCUUGCACAUGAAACACUCAGCAAUAGCCAUCCAGUCCUGGUGGCGGGGAACGCUGGGCCGCAGGAAAGCUGCCAAGAGGAAGUGGGCAGUGGAGACUAUCAGAAGGUUCAUCAAAGGUUUCAUUUACCGGAACCACCCGCGGUGCCCAGAGAACGAGUAUUUCCUGGAUUACAUCCGCUUCUCCUUCCUCAUGAACCUCAAACGGAACCUGCCAAAGAAUGUUCUGGACAAAUCCUGGCCAACUCCUCCUCCAUCGCUCUGUGAGGCUUCCCAGCUCCUGCGCCAGCUCUGCAUGCAGAACAUGGUCUGGACCUACUGCAAGAGGAUCAGCCCCGAGUGGAAGCAACAGCUGGAACAAAAAGUCAUCGCCAGUGAGAUUUUCAAGGGUAAGAAGGACAAUUACCCUCAGAGUGUUCCAAGGCUCUUCAUCAACACGCGCCUGGGUAAUGAAGAGAUAAAUGCCAAAGUCCUGCAGGCUUUAGACAAUGAAGCCAUUAAGUACGCAGUGCCCGUGGUCAAGUACGACCGGAAAGGAUACAAGGCAAGAGCCCGGCAGCUGCUGCUGACCCAGAACGCAGCCAUCAUCAUCGAGGAGUCCAAAAUCAAACAGCGGAUCGACUACGGCAAUCUGACAGGCAUCUCCGUGAGCAGCCUGAGUGAUAACCUGUUCGUGCUGCACGUGCACUGCGAGGACAACAAACAGAAGGGAGAUGUGGUGCUGCAGAGCGAUCACGUCAUUGAGACCCUCACCAAGACAGCCAUGCAGGCAGGCAAAGUCAACAACGUCAACAUCAACCAGGGCAGCAUCAAAUUCACAGUUGGACAAGGCAAAGAAGGGAUCAUUGACUUCAUAUCAGGAUCAGAACUGCUCAUAGCCAAAGCCAAGAACGGCCAUCUAACAGUGGUUGCUCCUCGGCUGAACUCCCGAUGAUAACAUGCCACCAGGCCAGGACCUCCUCCUCCUCCCCAUGGAACUGGCUGGAUCAUUCCCAGCAAACCCCCUCCUUCCUCGCUUUGCUCCUUUCAUUGUUACCAAAGACCUGCGCUUCCAGAAACCCACAGCUCCAUCUUUCUUGUCUUAAUACCCGAUCCCAAAAGAGAGGCCUUCUCCUCCUCACCUUAGCGGCAAAGGCGUGGGUCCAAGGCACCGUCUGGAACCGUGGGCUCUGAGGGAAGAGGUAGCGACCAAAAACCUUGUGCUUGACACCAUCCGAAAGCACAAAGGGACCCCAGAACUCUGCUGCUUUGCCAGCCCCGUCCAUGAGAUGCCAAACUUCAUAGCCAGAAAGAAUGUGUGAUGAAGAAUUCGACCCCGAGACGUUUGUAUUAAAGCCAUAUUAUGUAA